AUGGCUUUUUUACAAAUAAAUGCCAUCAAAAUUUGGCUUGUUCCUUUUAUGCUAGGAAUUAUUUUGUUCACAACAGUAUAUUAUAUGAAUAAUUUCUAUAAUUUUAUUGAGCUAGAUUCUUCACAAUCAUAUUACGAAAAUUUCUUAGAUGAAGGUAUAAGCAACUGCAACUGUAACUGUACGGUACCGAAACGAACUCAAAAAGUGCCAAAAUUAUUACAUUAUGUAUAUCUUAAUGAAGAUCCAAAUAACCUGCCCUUUAAUUUUAUCCAAUGGCUUGCUUAUACUUCAGCGAUUGAGACUAUUAAGCCAGAAAAAACCUAUUUUCACUGUAUUCACGAACCAAAAACCUACUGGUAUCAACUCAUAAAGCCUAAAUUAAGUAUCAUGAAAACACGAAUAGUGACAGAGAUUUUUGGAAACCGUGUGGAUAUUAUUCAGCACAAGUCAGAUAUUAUACGGAUGGAAGUGUUACGGGACUUUGGUGGCAUUUAUCUCGAUAAUGAUAUUAUUGUCCUUCAGCCGUUCGAUGAUCUUCUCUAUGAUGAUUUUACCAUGGGCAUUGAGGGGGGGACAAGUCUUUGUGAUGCAGUACUUAUCGGCAGACCAUUUGCCCCUUUUCUAACCAGAUGGAUACAAAGAUAUAAAACUUUCGACGAUAGUCAUUGGAGCUUCCAUUCAGUUCUUAUGCCUUACCAAAUGUCAAAGGAAUAUCCCAAUGAUAUCCAUGUUUUAAACAAUACAGCAUUUUUUUGGCCGCAUUGGGAGGAUGAGGGCCUGAAUUUGGCGUUCAACACAACUAACUAUAGUUUCUCUAACCAAUACGCCUAUCAUAUGUGGUCCUCAUUAAGCUAUGAGAGAUAUUUAAAACAUAUAUCCCCAAAAUCGAUAAAAACUGUGGAAACUAGUUUUAAUAAAGCUGUCAGAAAAUUUUUAAACUAUUUGCCUAAAGACUUUAAUGAAGAGACCUUUGACUUUGAUGGAAAAAAUUUGAAUAAGAAAUAA